AUGAAUAUUCGCGGGGCCCGUACCUCCUGUGGCAUCAUCGCGUUAGCCUGCUUGAACUUACUGGUCGAUAUCCGCUACAAACCUCAGAAUAUGUACCUUGCUGGCAUUAUCCCCGGCCCCAAAGAACCACCGCUCACUGCGACUAAUCACUAUCUUCGCCCACUCAUCGAUGAUAUGGUCAAGGCAUGGCAUCCCGGAAUAUACGUUUCUCGGAUGGCUCUCCGUCCUCACAGUCGCUUGAUGCACAGUGUCAUCGCCAAUGGUGUGUGCGAUCUUCCUGCCGCCUGUAAGACAUCAUCGCUUGCCCCGUCUAUUUCCAAAAUCUUUUGCUCGCUGUGCGACUGUUGGCAUGUUACCGAUGACAAAGGCAACAUCAUCAAAGACUGGUGUCGUCUCCUCAAUCGCAUGGAUUACGAGGCCUGGAAUAUGCGUGACGGGUCUGAAAUGUGUUCCUUUGCGGAGCGUUGGCGUGAUGCGAGCUCAACACGAGAGCAGGAUGACAUAUUUAAGCGGCAUGGAGUCCGCUGGUCAGAGCUGUGGCGGCUACCUUAUUGGGACCCCACCAUCCAACUCGUCGUCGACCCCAUGCAUUGCUUGUAUGAGGGGCUUGCCAAGUUUCAUUUCACCACUGUCCUUGGU